GUCCAGCGAACGGCGAUCCGAGCAGACGCACCAAGUAUUAAGCCUGGGAUCAAACCGCGAACUGAUCCGAUUUCGUAUAGAUUCUAAAAUGAAAACCUAGGCAGACCAAAUUUAGAUAAAAACUAUAAUGAAUGUCAGUGCUACCAAUCGUAUGGAUCUGGCCUUUCAAAUUUAAUUUCUAGUGAAACCCGUGACCGUAAUUUGAAAAAAAAACCGAUACCGGUUCGUGACUGUUACAGAGAUUUUGGCACCAAAGUAUUAUGUUUUCGCUGCUGCUGCACCACCCGCUCGUCUGCCGCUGCUGUCUGCUGGAGCAACCGCCGCUCUACCACAGCCUCCAUGACGCCUCUAGCCGCCUGGCCGCGGAGCUGAAGGCCCUGGCCCCCGCCCUGCUCCUGGAACCCGGCGACAAUCUCACCGACGUGAUCUGCGAUCUCUGCCUGCGCCGCCUGCACGACGCCCGCGACUUCCAGAGGCGGUGCGAGCACUCUGAGCAGGUGCUCCGCCUGCGGCACGAGCAGUGGAAGCACACGGUGGCCGUGGGCGACGCCUUGGCCCUGGACGACGUGCUCGAGUGCCUGGAGCGGGAGGUGGGCAGCUUGGAGGCUCCCGUGUCCAUGCACCAGCAGCCCAGCAAGCCGGUGGCUUAUGUGUCGCCGCUAAUGGAGACUGUGGACUUUGAAAGCUUGGACUUCCAGGAGAGUUCACCCAGUGAGUUCGAGGCUCCUACGUACUGGGCAUCAACUGUAGACUCCGGCAGCCUGAAUACGCCGCAUCACCAGCCGGAGACCCCUGAGCCCUUCGAAGUGGAACUGCCCACGCCCCCGGAAUCACCAGAAGAACCAGAACCGAAGCCCACGGGAAAGCCCAAAAGACGGAGAACAAGGCCACGCCAGGACAAGCAGAAACCCAGUGUGGAGGGGACGGCUGGUUCCCCGCGGUCUUUGCACCCGUGCGGCGAGUGCGAGAAGAAGUUUACCCGAAACUUCCAGCUGAAGCUGCACAUGAUCGCCGUGCACGGAAUGGGCGAGAUGCGGUACCAGUGCGAGGAGUGCGGCAAGAGCUUCGCCUCGCGGCACAGCCUGCGAUACCACGUGAAGUCGGUGCACUCGACGGAGCGACCCUUCGCAUGCCAGCACUGCGAACGGCGGUUCGUCCUGCGCACCCAGCUGCUGUCCCACCUGCGCACCCACACCGGCGAGGCCAAGCCGCGAAUCUUUGAGUGCCAACGCUGCUCGAAGUACUGGCCCACCAAGUCGGACCUGCGCACCCACAUGCGCUCGCACAACCCCAACAUGGAGCGGCCCUUCAAGUGUGACCGGUGCUCCAAGGCGUUCUUCACGCGGGGUCACCUUAACUCCCACCUGCUCGUGCACACCGGGGAGAAGCCCUUCGCCUGCGAGUACUGCGACAAGUGCUAUCAGAGCGUUGGCAACCUGAACAACCACAUGGUGCGCCUGCACGCAGAGAUAAUCGAGGCCCAGUUGGAGACGGAGGCCAUCGAGAGCUGAGGACCAAACAGGCGUCCUGAGCAGAGGCUGUAUUAAGUAUUAUGGGCGUUGAAAAGGCAAUAUCACCGAGUCGAGGGAGCAGACCACUGUUGCUAUAAGAAAAAACUGCUCCCAAAAGAUUUAAAUUCAAAACUGGUCUUACAAUAAUAACAUUACCCAUCAUAACCAUUAGUAGUUCGAAAAGAAGCAACAUAACGUCAGUUUCAAAUAGUUUUCUAGGCAACCAUACUAAUUUUAUUUUUUAAAUGAGCAAAAUAUUUUUAACCAUUUAAAAAUGUAAUUUUUAAUAUAAAGUACAUGCUAGAAUAAAAUAUUAAUAAUACAAAUUAUAAAUGUUGAUGUAAUCUUGUCCCCCGACUAUGAGAUACCCAUG